GUUUUGUUAAUAAUAAUAAUAAUAAUUUUGAAAAUUUCAUAAAUCUGAAUAGAUUAUUAAAGUUCAUAUAACUUUUAAAUAAAUUUGGUCAUCAAUAAUGCCAAUGUUGAACACUGAAUUUACUAUCAAUCUAAGUGAACCAAUUAAACCGGGUAAAGUUACCAUCGGUUAUUUUGAUGGUAUACAUCCAAGUAUCGUUGCUGUAACUAGAUCAGAUAAAAUAUUUGUUCAUAAUCCACACAAUCGUUCAUUCUACGAUCCAAACGAUUUACAACAACAACAAUCGAAAUCGAAUAGAGAUUCGACAAAUGAUGGAAUUCGAUUGGCUCAACACUCUUCUGCCACUAUCGCUGCUGAUCUUAAUUUUCUUAACAUUAAUCAGACAAUUACUUGUCUUGCUGCUGGUUCGAUUUCGUCGAUUUCAUUAAAAGAUACACUAAACGAUAACGAUAUAGCUCCCCAUAGUGGCAGUGUUGUCAUUACUUCGAAUAAAGAAACAUUGAUCAAUAGUGCUGGAAGUGGCCGUAAAAUUUCUUUAAAGUCCAAAAAUCUACAACAAACUAAUAAGAAUAACGAUAUUCUUAUUGUUGGAACAAAAACAUCAAUCCAUGCUUAUGAUAUUCUACAUAAUUCGGAUCUUUAUUAUAAGGAAAUACCGGAUGGCGCAAAUACACUGGUGAUUGGUGAAUUUGGACAAAUUUUAGAUGGAUCAAAAUUCGCAUUAAUUGGUGGUAAUUGUGCAAUUCACGGAUACGAUCGUGAAGGACAAGAUGCCUAUUGGAUGGUUACUGGUGAUAAUAUCACGGCAAUGGCAUUAGUCGAUAUUGAUAGCGAUCAUCAAAAUGAACUUGUGGUCGGAUCCCAAGAUUGUGAGAUUCAAGUUUUCAAAAAGGAUGCCAUUAUUUGCGAGAUGAGCGAAACAGAUUGUGUUACACAUUUAUGUUCGCUUGGACCUACAUUGUUUGCUUAUGCUUUAUCUAACGGUACUGUUGGUGUCUAUCAAAACAAGGAGAGAGUUUGGAGAAUCAAAUCAAAAAAUCAGGCGAUGACAUUGUUUGGUGCCGAUAUUAAUAAUAAUGGUCAAAUGGAACUACUAACUGGCUGGUCGAAUGGAAAAUUAGACAUUCGAAUCGCCAUGACUGGAGAGGUUUUAUACCGUGAAAAUUAUAAAUGUUCUGUUGCUGGCAUCAUGAUUGCCGAUUAUAAUAUGGACGGAAAGGAUGAAUUGAUUGUAUGUACUGUCGCUGGUGAUGUCUAUGGUUAUCGAAUGGAAAAUCAAGAAGAAAGCCAUCAACAAAUUAAUUUUAAUAUAGAACAAGAUACAAUAAGAGAUUUGAUGAAGAGAAAGCAAACAUUGAUGCAAGAACUUCGUAAUUAUGAAGAGAAUGCGCGCAUACAAAAUUUAGCCGAUCCAUUAGUGAUGAAUAAAGGAAAAGUUCUAACAGAAAAAGGUGAUCAUUUUGGAGCCAUACCGGCUAGCACGAAAUUACGAUCAUCGUUGAUUCUCCAAUCAUGUAAUGAUUCUCUUCCGGAUUUCAUCGAGUUACGUUUGGAAACAACUAAUAAUACACGUAUACGAGCCGCAAUAAUAUUUGCCGAAGGAAUAUUUAAACAUGAAUCGAUUGUUAUUUAUCCACCAGAAUCAGAAGUUAGCAAUAUGAUUGGUGUUCCAUUAAAGCCACCAAAAGAUGUUCCAGUCGAUAUGCAUGUGAAGGCGUUGGUUGGUUUCCGUUCGAGUACUCAUUAUCAUGUUUUUGAACUUUCACGGAGAUUACCACGAUUCUCAAUGUAUAGUUUUAUUCGUAGAAUCUACAUUGGUGAUGAGGAUUCAAAUAACAACAAUGAUGAUUCUAAAUUGACCAUUCCAGGCACCGAUCAAAAAACAUUAGACAUUGGUCGAUCCAAGAUAAAACGGCUCGAAAACCAAAUUCCAGCGGAUAUGAAAUCUUUGCAGAAGAAAAAUUUUAUCGAUGGUUCUCAACUUGGAGAAUUUGGAGAUGAUAGUCGAUUACUUGAAGAAGAUGAUGAAAAUCUGAAAAAAUAUUACGAUCAAAUCAAUGAAAAUGAAAUUAUUAAUGAAGUUGGAUAUGACGACACCAACUUUGAUAGUAUGGCUAUUAAUGCAUUAAACGAUGAAACUGUGGAUAUGAUGUCAAUGAAUCAAAGUACAUUUAAUCAAUCAUUCACAAAUAACAUUGAAGUUCGACAACCUUCAAGCUUUGUGGCUAUUCGUAUGAAUGAACAAAUUGGAAAUUUAAUUCAAUGGAUUACAGGAAAUUUUCUUGUUGAUUUACAAUCGGAAAAUAAUGAAGAAGAACGUCGUUUUGAAUUUAUUUCACUUCGUGAUCAAAGUGGCUUGAUUAUUGAAUUAACUCGAUUUAAUUCGCAAAAUCAAUCAUCAUUCUCGAAUGAUCGGGAUAACAGACAACAAAAUGAUGAGGAUUAUAACUAUUUCGAUACAAUAAAUCCUUUGUCGCAAACAUCGGAUUCACCUGAUUUAUCAUCUAAAUCAUUAAUAACUAUUUAUUCAGAAUCUAUUGAAGUAGCCGGAAAUUGUGUACAAUCAUUAGGCGAGCAUUUCAAAAUUGUUAAUCUUCCCUGUUAUCGAGCUAAUUUCCCCGAUGAAAUUAAUAAACUAAAACAAUUAGUUGAUCGUGUUGAAGAGAUUCAGAGCGUUCGACAACAUUUGGUGGUGGAAGUUGCUGACAAUGCCAAUAUGAUUCGUGCUGCUGUUGUACAAGCAGAAGAUGCCAGACUAACUGAACAAUAUCAAAAGAUGAAACAAAUUUAUAAUGAUUUAGGAAUGAUGAAUAAAGAUAUAAUGCGUGAAUACCAGAUUCGUUGCCAAAAUCAUCAGGAUCUGGUUGAUAGUCUCAAACAGAUUAAUAUUAUUAUACAAAGAGCAUCAAAUCUUCGCAUCGGAUCAUACAAAACGGCAUUCAUUAAUUCCUGCCGUGAAUCCAUCAAACAGAAAAAUUUCUCUCAACUAUUCAAGAUAAUAAAUGAGGAUUAGGAUUUCUCACAUACAAUUUUAUAAUGAUGAAGAUUGAAUAAAAUUUU